AUGAACAGACAAGUCUGCAAGACAUCUGGCGGCGGGAGCCAGGGCUUCUCAGGCCGCUCUGCCAUGGUCUCUGGCAGUAGCAGGAUGAGCUGUGUGGCCCGCUCUGGGGGAGCCGGCGGAGGGGCCUAUGGGUUCCGGAGCGGAGCAGGCGGCUUUGGCAGUCGCAGCCUCUACAACCUGGGUGGCAAUAAGAGCAUCUCCAUUAGCGUGGCUGGCGGCUCUCGGGCUGGUGGCUUUGGAGGAGGGCGCAGCAGCUGUGUCAGUGGCUUUGGGAGUGGCUAUGGAGGUGGUUAUGGAGGUGGCUUUGGUGGUGGCAGAGGAAUGGGAGGUGGUUUUGGAGGAGCUGGUGGCUUUGGUGGGGCUGGUGGCUUUGGAGGAGCUGGUGGCUUUGGUGGACCUGGUGGUUUUGGUGGACCCGGUGGCUUUGGCCCUGGUGGCUUUGGUCCAGGUGGCUUCCCUGGGGGAAUCCAGGAAGUGACUGUCAACCAGAGCCUCCUGCAGCCCCUCAAUGUGGAGAUUGACCCCCAGAUUGGACAAGUAAAGACCCAAGAGAGGGAGCAGAUCAAGACCCUCAACAACAAGUUUGCCUCUUUCAUCGACAAGGUACGGUUCCUGGAGCAACAGAACAAGGUCCUGGAGACCAAGUGGAGCCUGCUCCAGCAGCAGGGCACACAUCCCAUCACAGGCACCAACAACCUCGAGCCCCUUUUUGAGAACUACAUCAACUCCCUGCGGAGCCACCUGGACAGCAUUCUGGGGGAGAGAGGCCGCCUGGACUCAGAGCUGAGGAACAUGCAGGACUUAGUGGAAGACUUCAAGAAGAAAUAUGAGGAUGAGAUCAACAAGCGCACGGCUGCUGAGAAUGAAUUUGUGACCCUGAAGAAGGACGUGGAUGCUGCCUACAUGAACAAGGUGGAGCUUCAGGCCAAGGUGGAUGCCUUAACAGAUGAGAUCAAUUUCUUGACGACCCUCUAUGAUAUGGAGCUGUCCCAGAUGCAGAGCCAUGUCAGUGACACAUCCGUGGUCCUGUCCAUGGACAACAACCGCAGCCUGGACCUGGACAGUAUCAUCGCCGAGGUCAAGGCCCAGUACGAGGAGAUCGCCCAGAGGAGCAAGGCCGAGGCCGAGGCCCUGUAUCAGACCAAGUUGGGUGAACUGCAGACCACAGCUGGCAGGCAUGGGGAUGACCUGAAGAGCACCAAGAGUGAGAUCUCAGAGCUCAACCGGAUGAUCCAGAGGCUGCGGGCUGAGAUCGAGAAUGUCAAGAAGCAGAUUGCUAAACUGCAAUCAGCCGUUGCUGAAGCUGAGCAGCGUGGGGAGCUGGCCCUCAAGGAUGCUAACGCCAAGCUCCAAGAGCUACAGGCCGCCCUUCAGCAGGCCAAGGAUGACCUGGCUCGGCUGCUGCGCGACUACCAGGAGCUGAUGAAUGUCAAGCUGGCCCUGGAUGUGGAGAUCGCCACCUACCGCAAGCUACUGGAGGGCGAGGAGUGCAGGAUGUCUGGAGAGUGCCCAAGUGCUGUUAGCAUCUCCGUGGUCAGCAGCAGCAGCACCACCUCCGCCUCCGCGGGUGGUUUCGGAGGCGGAUACGGCGGUGGCGUCGGCGUGGGAGGCGGCGUCCGCAGCGGCUUCGGCGGCGGCAGCGGCUUCAGUGGCGGCAGCGGCUUCGGCGGAGGCAGCGGCUUCAGUGGCGGCAGCGGCUUCGGCGGAGGCAGCGGCUUCGGCGGCGGCAGCGGCUUCGGCGGCGGCAGCGGCUUCGGCGGCGGCAGCAGCGGAUUCGGCUCUGGCUCCGGGGGUCGCUCUGCGGUCAGCGGUGGAGGCGUCAGCUCAAGCAGCAGCAGCCGGGGCGGCAGCGUCAGGUUCUCCCAGUCCUCCCAGCGCACCUCCAGAUAA